AUGUUUUCAAGCAAAUUAUAAUUUCUUGAAGAGCUUAACAACCAAAAUUUUGUAUUCGAUAAAAGCAAUUAUACAACUCCAUAAAAAUCUCCUUUACAAAACCGCGAUUAAGCUCUUUCUAACAGCAAAUAUAAAAUUAAUUCAUAAUGUUAACAUCAAGAAUCAGAUUAAUCUAGCUAAAAAAAUUCAGUGAUAAAUAGUGCUAUAAAUUCACAGAAAAAGGACUUAUUUUCAGAGCAUUUAAAUGAGAGAAGAAAAGAAGCAAUAAAUAAUUUUCUUCUCAAUUACGAAAAUGAUCUUUACUAUAUACUUAAUAUUCCUCAUAAUGCAUCUUCAUAAUAAAUUAAAUAAUAAUUUAAAAAGCUAUCUCUGCUUUAUCACCCUGACAAAUAGCAGCAACAAAGGAAUCAAUAGGAUUCAUAAGAAAACUCUAGAAAUGAAAAUAAUAAUGAUAAUGAGUAGAAUUUUAUUAAAAUUUUAACAGCAUAUAAUAUACUAUCAAAUGAUCGCUUGAGGUAAAUUUAUGAUGAGCAAGGAUUUUAAGCUGCUUAAAAUGCUAUGGAUAAAAACUCAUAAGAUUAUUGA